CGCGCGCUGCCCUGGACGGGGCGCCCCGCCGCGCGGUUGCCUGCGGGCUCCGGGCGGAUCGCUGCCGCCGCCUCGGGAGACGCGCGUUGGCUUUGACUCGGCAGUUUCGGACGUGUCUUCCCAGAGACGCGGGAACUUUCCGUCCAGCGAGCCCGGAGCGAGGGGCGGCCGCGGGGAGGCGGCGGCGGCGCGGAGGUCUUCCAAGCUAAGAUAACUAUCUGGAACUGCAGAAAUGGUUGGUCCUCUCUACAAAUGGGAAUUGUAGUCACUCCGAAAUACAUCCUGAAAUAAUUGUUUCCCUGGAACCAGAACUUAUGAAGUGUCCAAGGAUGAGAGUUUCUGGGAAGGCAGUCUGGCCACCGCACUGGCUCUUUCUGGCCUCCGUGUUGAUCAUCUGCUGUGAGUUGAUGUCCGCCUCCAGCCUGCACCCCUGGGGACUCGCAGGUCAGCAUCAUGUCAAGCAGGGGACCUGUGAGGUGGUUGCUGUGCACAGGUGCUGUAACAAAAACCACAUAGAAGAGCGAUCACAAACAGUCAAGUGCUCCUGCUUCCCAGGACAGGUUGCUGGCACCACUCGGGCUCAGCCUUCCUGUGUUGAAGCUUCCAUCGUGGUUCAGAAGUGGUGGUGCCACAUGGAUCCCUGUUUGGAAGGAGAGGAUUGCAAAGUGCUGCCAGAUGACUCAGGUUGGGCCUGUAGCAGUGGCAAUAAAGUCAAAACUACAAAGGUCACCCGGUAGCAAAGGGAGGUGUGCGUCCAUCUGGAGGAGCAACAGCCAGCAGAGCUUCUUGCUUGGAUCACCAUCCGGCCUCGUUGUGGGAAACUGUCUUGGAUUUCAGCAGCUUCAUCUGGGCCUAUGUGUGCUGUGAGGAGUGCACUCCGUUUCCUGCCCCUGUCCCCUCUCUGCUUCAUCAUUUUGUUACAUGGAAUAGUGACAGGGGCUGCUGCACGUGACAGCCCGCUGGAGCUCCGGAACGCACCUCCAUGGAGCCCGGGGAAACGAGGAAUGCACCAGCCGCGGAAUGGGCCGGCCCGGGAGGACUAGCGGCCUUUACAAAGGAAUGUGGACAUAGGUUCCGCUCGGCCUCCUCUUUCCUCUUUGACCUGUUCUGUUAGCGUUGCAUUAAAGUGGUUUGAAAGGGAUCUAGGUAGCAAAAGCUAUUUGCAGAUGUAGGUUAAUGAACACUGAUUCACUAGUGACGGAGACUUAUUUUAUAAACCUUGAAGAAUAGCAGGGCUUGCUGGGGUUAUUGUGUGUGCAUUUUAUUUUCACUUUUGAUGAUUGAAAUGUUUUCUAUUUUAAGUUAGAUCAGCAGAACUGAAAUGUGGGUACUUUAACUUCAAUGCACCAUUGUGCUGAGUGCUAAGGAAGCAUAGCUACUCUGAUGUUUUAUUGCCAAAGCUUUAUUGUGACAUAUUCACAAAAGAAAGAAAACCUCCCGGGCUUUGUAUGGCUAAUGUGUAGUCACAGAGGUAAACCAUUUAAACCGGUGUGGCUCAGUGGUUGAGCAUCGACCUAUGAACCAGGAGGUAACAAUUCGAUCCCCGGUCAGGGCACAUGCCCAGGUUUUGGGCUCGAACCCCAGUGGGGAGCGUGCAGGAGGCAGCUAAUCAGUGUUUCUAUUACUCUAUCCCUCUCCCUUCUUUGAAAUUAAUAAAAAUAUAUUUCAAAAAAUAAAAUAAAAUGUGAAAUAGUCUCUGUUUAGAUCCAGAGUGACUUCUGAGAUCCAACUUGUCAUUCAUAUUAAACUAUUUUAACUCCUAGACAGGCAUCUUGAAAUGCUGAAUUUUUAGACUUUAAGCGAUUUACUCUUAACAUAGCUCUUCCCUUCCUUGUUAGUAAUUUUAUUUCUUUAAUUGGAAGUAAAAUCUGAUUCAUUUUUUUCUGGUUUGAUGAUUUUGCAGCAGUCGUGUCCCCACAUAUUCCCAGAAGCUGUUGUGUGGAAACAGACUGCAGAUAAAAGAACUGACCCAGAUUUUAAAUGCAUAGUGUUAUAAGAACACAUACUACUGUAAUAACACUAGAGGCCAAGCGCACGAAAUCGUGUGGGUAGGGUCCCCAGGCCUAACCUAUGAUCAGGGCCAUCUUCUGCCCAUUUGCCAGUCCCCAGGCCUAACGCCGCCUCCGCUGCCUUGGCGGGUAGGUCGCGGGCGUGCC